UUGCGGCGAGGUCACUUGUCCAAAUUUUUGAAAAUGUCUCGAGCGGAGUCUUCAUGGGAGCGGCUAGUAAAUGCUGCCUUACAAAGGGAUAAAGCAGGAUUUACUGGUGUUCCUGGUCAGGGCAGUAUCAUGGAGUAUGUUCCGUCAUCUCUAUCGAACAAUAGGGACAUCGAUGCGAUUCUUAGAGCUGCAGAUGAACUCCAAGAUGAAGACCCCAGCAUAGCAAGGAUCUUAUGUGAGCAUGCUUACUCACUUGCACAAAAUCUUGACCCUAAUAGUGAAGGCAGAGGUGUUUUACAGUUCAAAACCGGAUUGAUGUCCGUUGUUAAGCAAAAAUUAGCGAAAAGAGAGGUUGGGACCAUAGACAGAAGUCAGGAUAUUAUCCGACUGCAAGAGUUCUACAGGCUGUACAGAGAAAAGAACAAUGUUGACACGUUGAAGGAGGAGGAAAAGCAGCUUCGCGAGUCAGGGGCUUUCACUGACGAGCUGGAGCGGAAAACAGUGAAAAGGAAAAGAGUUUUUGCCACCCUGAAGGUGUUGGGAAAUGUGUUGGAGCAGGUUGCAAAAGAGAUCCCUGAAGAGCUGAAGCAUGUUAUUGAUUCGGAUGCUGCAAUGAGUGAGGACACAGUUGCUUACAACAUUAUUCCUCUUGAUGCUCCUGUCACGACAAAUGCCACUACGGGUUUCCCUGAGGUGCAAGCGGCAGUUGCAGCGUUGAAGUAUUUUCCAGGCCUGCCAAAAUUGCCUGCUGAUUUCCCCAUUCCCGCAACAAGGAAUGCUGAUAUGCUUGAUUUCCUCCACUACAUAUUUGGGUUUCAGAAAGACAGCGUCUCCAAUCAGCGUGAACAUAUAGUUCUUCUUCUCGCAAAUGAGCAAUCCCGCCUUAAUAUUCCAGAAGAAACGGAACCUAAACUGGAUGACACUGCAGUGCGUAAGGUGUUUUUGAAGUCCCUAGAAAACUACAUUAAGUGGUGUGACUACCUGUGCAUUCAACCUGCAUGGAGCAAUUUAGAGUCCAUCAGUGGAGAAAAGAAACUACUAUUCCUCUCUUUGUAUUUCCUGAUUUGGGGUGAAGCUGCCAACAUACGGUUUCUUCCAGAAUGUUUGUGCUACAUAUUCCAUCAUAUGGUAAGAGAAAUGGAUGAGCUCUUACGACAGCAGGUUGCUCGCCCAGCUGAGAGUUGUAUGCCAGUCGAUAGCCGUGGCUCUGAUGAUGGUGUAUCAUUCCUUGAUCAUGUCAUUGCCCCGCUGUAUGGAGUUGUAUCAGCGGAAGCUUUUAACAAUGACAAUGGCCGAGCCCCUCAUUCAGCUUGGAGAAACUAUGAUGACUUCAAUGAGUCGCUUCAUUCCUUCGAGCUUGGUUGGCCGUGGCGCACAAGUUCAUCUUUUUUUCAGAAACCUAUACCGAGACGAAAGUACGAGCUUAAAACCGGUAGGGCAAAACAUCGAGGAAAGACUUCCUUUGUUGAGCACCGAACAUUUUUGCAUCUCUACCACAGUUUCCAUCGGCUAUGGAUAUUCCUCUUUAUGAUGUUUCAGGCACUAGCCAUAAUUGCGUUCAACAAAAACAAUCUUACCUCCAGGAAGACAUUGCGUGAAAUUCUCAGCCUGGGUCCGACUUUCGUUGUGAUGAAAUUUUCUGAGAGUAUUCUUGACGUCAUCAUGAUGUAUGGUGCUUAUUCUACGACAAGACGGCUGGCUGUUUCUCGCAUUUUUCUCCGCUUCAUUUGGUUUGGCCUUGCUUCCGCCUGCAUAUCUUUCCUCUAUGUGAGAGCACUUCAAGAAGAUAGUAAACCAAAUUCUGAUUCAGUCAUCUUCAAGCUUUAUGUGAUUGUCAUAGCCAUCUAUGGUGGUGUUCAAUUCUUUUUUAGUAUCCUGAUGCGUUUCCCAACUUGUCACAACAUUGCUAAUAAAUGUGAUCGGUGGCCUGUGAUUCGAUUCUUCAAGUGGAUGCGCCAGGAGAGACACUAUGUUGGCCGUGGCAUGUUGUACUCACCCAUUCGUAUAACGCAGAUUGAGCCGCUCGUUGGUCCAACAAGGAUUAUAGUGAAACAGGAUAAUAUUCCGUACUCAUGGCAUGAUUUUGUGUCAAGAAAAAACUAUAAUGCUCUGACUGUUGCCAGUUUGUGGGCUCCUGUGGUCGCUAUAUACCUGUUAGACAUCCAUAUAUUCUACACCAUUGUCUCUGCAUUUUUGGGUUUUUUGCUCGGUGCGAGAGAUCGUUUGGGGGAGAUAAGAUCUUUAGAAGCAAUUCACAAGCUCUUUGAGGAGUUUCCAGGGGCCUUUAUGACGGCUCUUCAUGUCCCUAUUACCGAUCGGACUUCUGAUCCUUCUCAUCAGGCUGUGGAUAAGAACAAAGUAGAUGCAGCACACUUUGCUCCAUUUUGGAACCAAAUAAUAAAAUGUCUACGAGAGGAAGACUACGUCACUGAUUUUGAGAUGGACUUGCUCCUGAUGCCCAAGAAUUCUGGUAGGCUCCAAUUGGUUCAGUGGCCACUUUUUCUUCUUUCCAGCAAGAUAUUAUUGGCCAAAGAGAUUGCCGCUGAGAGUAAUUCGCAAGAGGAGAUUGUGGAGAGGAUCGAAAGGGAUGAUUAUAUGAAAUAUGCUGUUGAGGAAGUCUACUACACUCUUAAACUUGUCCUAACAGAAACUCUGGAAGCCGAGGGGAGGAUGUGGGUGGAGAGAAUCUACGAAGACAUCCAGGCCAGCAUAAAGAACAGAAAUAUACAUCAUGAUUUUCAGUUGAACAAACUCUCCCUUGUUAUCACGAGAGUGACCGCACUCUUGGGAAUCCUGAAAGAAAAUGAAACACCGGAGCAUGCGAAAGGGGCUAUCAAAGCACUUCAGGAUCUCUACGAUGUUAUGCGGCUUGACAUAUUAACUUUUAAUAUGAGAGGUCACUAUGAAACGUGGAACAUGUUAACUCAAGCCUGGAAUGAAGGCCGGCUUUUCACAAAAUUGAAAUGGCCUAAAGAUCCUGAACUGAAAGCUCUGGUCAAAAGAUUGUACUCUCUAUUUACCAUCAAAGAUUCUGCAGCGCAUGUUCCCAGAAAUCUUGAAGCCAGACGCAGACUGCAAUUCUUCACGAAUUCUCUAUUCAUGGAUGUGCCACCACCAAAGUCUGUCCGCAAGAUGUUAUCCUUCAGUGUCUUCACUCCAUAUUAUUCUGAGGUUGUGCUAUACAGCAUGGCUGAACUCACUAAGAGAAAUGAAGAUGGAAUAUCAAUCUUGUUUUACCUUCAGAAAAUAUAUCCAGAUGAGUGGAGAAAUUUUCUUGCACGAAUAGGACAAGAUGAAAAUGCGUUAGAAGGCGAUCUACAUAAUGAGAGAGACAUACUUGAACUUCGCUUUUGGGCUUCUUACCGUGGACAAACAUUAGCUAGAACAGUUCGCGGGAUGAUGUAUUAUAGGAAAGCUCUCAUGCUUCAGUCUUAUCUGGAAAGAAAAGCUGGAAGAGACGGGGAGUCCGCACUUUCUAGUAAUGACACAACGGAUGCUGAUGGAUUUGAGUUAUCCCCUGAAGCAAGGGCCCAAGCAGAUCUAAAGUUUACAUAUGUUGUCACAUGCCAAAUAUAUGGAAGACAGAAAGAAGAUCAAAAACCUGAAGCUGUUGACAUUGCAUUGCUAAUGCAAAGAAAUGAAGCCCUUCGCAUUGCUUAUAUCGAUGUUGUUGAUACUCCGAAGGAGGGUAAAUCUCAUACAGAAUAUUAUUCAAAGCUAGUGAAAGCCGACAUCAGUGGAAAGGAUAAGGAAAUUUACUCCAUAAGGUUGCCUGGGGACCCGAAACUUGGCGAAGGCAAACCUGAGAAUCAAAACCACGCCAUUGUGUUUACUCGCGGAAAUGCAAUCCAAACUAUUGAUAUGAAUCAGGAUAAUUAUUUUGAAGAAGCCUUGAAGAUGCGAAAUCUUUUGGAGGAAUUCGAUCGGGACCAUGGAAUUCGACCUCCCACCAUUCUUGGAGUUAGGGAACAUGUAUUUACUGGAAGUGUCUCCUCCUUGGCCUCUUUCAUGUCCAAUCAAGAAACCAGCUUUGUAACUCUUGGGCAACGAGUAUUGGCAAAACCCCUGAAGAUCCGCAUGCAUUACGGUCAUCCAGAUGUCUUUGACAGAGUUUUCCAUAUUACACGUGGUGGUAUCAGCAAGGCCUCUCGGGUCAUCAAUAUUAGUGAAGAUAUUUUUGCUGGUUUUAACUCAACUCUACGUCAAGGGAAUAUUACUCAUCAUGAGUAUAUUCAGGUGGGCAAAGGGCGAGAUGUGGGCCUCAAUCAAAUAGCUCUGUUUGAAGGGAAGGUUGCUGGUGGGAAUGGUGAACAGGUUCUUAGUCGGGAUGUUUACAGACUUGGCCAGCUCCUUGAUUUCUUCCGAAUGAUGUCAUUCUACUUUACAACUGUUGGCUUCUAUUUCUGUACAAUGUUGACGGUUCUUACUGUGUAUAUCUUCUUAUAUGGGAGGGCAUACCUGGCACUUUCUGGAGUUGGAGCUACUAUUCGAGAAAGAGCUAUUUUACUGGACGAUACUGCACUUAGCGCCGCCCUGAAUGCUCAGUUUCUGUUUCAGAUUGGUGUCUUCACUGCUGUGCCAAUGGUUUUGGGCUUUAUUUUGGAACAAGGUUUUCUCCAGGCCAUUGUCAGUUUCACAACGAUGCAAUUUCAGCUGUGUACCGUCUUCUUCACAUUUUCCCUUGGCACAAGAACCCAUUAUUUUGGACGAACAAUUCUCCAUGGUGGUGCUAGGUACCAAGCCACUGGAAGAGGAUUUGUCGUGAAGCAUAUCAAAUUUUCUGAAAACUAUCGUCUAUAUUCCAGAAGCCAUUUUAUUAAAGGGAUGGAGGUUAUUCUCUUACUGGUUGUCUACCUGGCGUAUGGAAAUGAUGAGGCUGGUGCUGUUUCCUACAUCCUUCUGACUAUUAGCAGCUGGUUUUUGGCUCUCUCUUGGCUUUUUGCUCCGUACUUGUUCAAUCCAGCUGGAUUUGAGUGGCAAAAGGUCGUGGAGGACUUCAAAGAAUGGACAAAUUGGCUCUUCUACAGAGGUGGAAUCGGUGUUAAAGGAGCUGAAAGCUGGGAAGCAUGGUGGGAAGAAGAACUGUCUCACAUUCGAACCUUGAGCGGGAGGAUAGUGGAGACUAUAUUAAGUCUACGAUUCUUUAUGUUCCAGUAUGGCAUUGUCUACAAACUGGAAUUGCAAGGAUCAGAUACAUCAUUGGCGGUGUAUGGUUGGUCAUGGGCUGCAUUUGCGAUGAGCAUUGUUCUUUUCAAGGUCUUUACCUUCAGUCAGAAGAUAUCUGUCAACUUCCAGCUUGUCCUGAGGUUUGUACAAGGCCUUGCCUUGUUGGUGGCUCUAGCUGGGAUAGUUGUAGCCGUUGUGCUCACAAACUUGUCGGUGACAGACGUGUUUGCUUGCGUAUUGGCCUUUAUUCCGACAGGAUGGGGCAUUCUCUCAAUUGCGUGUGCUUGGAAGCCAAUCAUGAAGCGGAUUGGGAUGUGGAAGUCGAUCCGCUCGCUAGCGAGGCUGUAUGAUGCAGGAAUGGGAAUGCUCAUCUUUCUCCCCGUUGCGCUCUGCUCGUGGUUCCCAUUUGUCUCGACCUUCCAAACACGUAUGAUGUUUAACCAAGCCUUUAGUCGCGGUCUCGAGAUCUCUCUCAUCCUCGCUGGAAACAAUCCCAAUUCAGGCCUUUGA